AGAAACCAAUCCACUUUGGCGGAAAGGAUUAUAAAGGCACAGUCACGUGAUUGUAGGUGACCUUCAAUGAUAUUUUUGCCGUUGCCGUUUUGCGUUGAGUUCCCUUUUUUUAGACUUGACCUUAUCUACUAGACUUGGCUGCAACGUUUAUGGACGUGGUUUAUGGACGCUCAACAUGGAGGGAGUUCGUUUUUGUUCGAUAUUCGCUACGAAAGGCAUAUUGGAAAGAGUUUGGGAAGCACAGGCAACACACGCGACGUGAUUGCCGACAUCUUGAACGACUUUUCCCAGUGAAGGAUUCCCACUGGGAAGAGAAGUACUGUACACUGGACGCAGCACUGGACGAGAGGUGUGGGACUCGGCACAUGGACCACGGAGUUUGAGUUCGGAAACGGAAGUUCUAAUAGUUGGAGGACGUAACUUCGCAAGAAAUUCGCCACGCUAUGUCUGGCAACCGACCCCAAUCGCCGUUUGGAGCGGCGGCAGCGGCGGGGGCGAAACCAGCCGCAGGGUUACCGAAGUCUCCCUUUGCAAGUGCACGCGCGAGUAUCAGCUCGCAGUCACAGUCGAGGGCUCCUGGGCCGACGCAUCGCGGUAGCGUGAGCAGCGACCCAUAUAGUGGGGUGUACGCUGCGCCUAGCCCGACUACCACGAUCCCCGAGUAUCUACGGAUUCAGCCCAUGAAUCCAGAGGAGGCGGCAGAGCUGGAAAGGCGUCGAAGUGAGUUUGAGAUGGCCCUGCAAACCCGUGCGACCGGCCUUGCACGAAGCGAAUCCACUGCUGGCCCAGGCUUUCGGGGCAUGUCGCAAUCCCCAAGCCAAUCAUCUAUCGGUGGAGACGUUCCAGAAUCUGGCGGGCCCGGUGGUCGUGGAUUGGUUCCGCAGACACCGACAAGGGCGCUUGAUCAACAAGGCGCAGAUGCCGCGAUGCAAGCCCUGAGGAUGGGACUGAUGCGAGCAACCUCCAUGACCUCCUCUGGGUCCCCGGGAAUGCCCCGAUCCACGUCAGGUUUGCCUGCCUCUCCAUUUGUCAAUGCGUCCGGAGGGUCCUCCGCGCGCGCGUCCAUGUCUCGACCGCCAGGUACUGGCCCUAUAUCGCCUUUCGCACCCAUGCAGACCGCGCCGUCAUCCGUCGCACCAUCUACCCGGGCGUCGAUGGCCAUGAACAACCCCGUGGAUGGUCAACAAAGAGAUUCCACAGGCAAUGCGGAAGCGGACAGCGCAAUGCACGCAUUGCGCACCGGGGUAUCACGUCAAAGCUCCGCAUCUUCACUUCCACCGCGUCUAAGUACUGGUCCACCUAAAUUGUCAAUACCGGGAGCUGCAUCGCACGCGCAUACGAACCCAGCAUCCGCGUUUGCGCGAAAGCAUCAGUUUGGGCAAGACGAAGUAGUGCAGAGCCCGGCGGAAGCUGGAAAGAUCUUCUUUGCUGAGCCGCAAAAGGCGCCACAUCUGUUGCCCACGUUUACUGGACAAGGUGGACCGCCGGCCGAAACGCCUCAGUUCUACCCGCAGGGUCGAGCUAGAGCGCAGACUCUCAUCUCACAGACGAUCGUCAAGCAGCUGUCUGCCGGAAUGACGAGCCCGAUCUCCCCGCCGCCACAAUCUCCCUCAUCAGGCCCCCCCAUGGUCGACACCCGCUCGCGAUCCGGCUCCAUCCGGCGCUCCAUGGCAUCCGCCACAUCCCCGGUUACGCCCCUGCAGCGCAGCAAUCUCCACAACCUACGCAGCCCGUCCGAAGCAAACUACUCCACAUCUACCCUCCAGCCACCACAAACACCUGCCUCUGCCACGGCCUCAGUUAGAACACUCCUCCACGAUCCGGGCCCGAGCUCCGCGUCUAUUGCCGCAACACCGGCAACCGAUGCUCCGAGCCCGUUCAGGCCGCGCAUGGUGUCACUCGUCGCUACGACAUUGGGCAGUGCGGCCCUGCAUUCAGUCGACGCUGUCGCGGUGAAAUGUUUUCCGAGGAGUAGCAGUGGCUUAUUCCCACAGGACUUACGGUUCGAUGAGGAGGAAUUCGCAGCCGCCGACCCGAAAUACCUCCUCUUCCGUCGGGCUCUCAUACAAACCCUGCAAACGCAGAUCAACUAUCCUCUCUUGAUGCCGCCCGAUCUCUUGGGUGUAUUGCUUGAAGACUUUUAAAAAUAUACGUGGCCUAAAGUUGAAGACCCCAGUUUGUGGAAG